GGCACUCGCUCCGCCCCUCCAGGUGCGGGAGGCUGAAGCCGGUCAAUAUGGUCGGUACUUGGUUUCUCUGCCGGGGUUUUACCACCCUGGCAGGGUUGUUGCUUCUGCCCUUCGGCAGCUUGGCCGCUAGUCAGAUCGAGGAUCAAGCAGAACAGUUCUUUAGAAGUGGCCAUACAAACAAUUGGGCAGUUUUGGUGUGUACAUCUCGGUUCUGGUUUAAUUAUCGGCAUGUUGCAAAUACUCUUUCUGUUUAUAGAAGUGUCAAGAGGCUAGGUAUUCCUGACAGUCACAUCGUUCUGAUGCUUGCAGAUGAUAUGGCAUGCAACCCUAGAAAUCCUAAACCAGCUACAGUGUAUAGUCACAAGAAUAUGGAACUAAAUGUGUAUGGAGAUGAUGUGGAAGUGGAUUAUAGAAGUUAUGAGGUAACUGUGGAGAAUUUUUUACGUGUAUUAACUGGGAGGAUUCCACCUAGUACUCCUCGGUCAAAACGUCUUCUUUCUGAUGAUAGGAGCAAUAUUCUUAUUUAUAUGACAGGACAUGGUGGGAAUGGGUUCUUGAAAUUUCAAGAUUCUGAAGAAAUUACCAACAUAGAACUUGCAGAUGCUUUUGAACAAAUGUGGCAGAAAAGACGCUACAAUGAGCUACUGUUUAUUAUUGACACUUGUCAAGGAGCAUCCAUGUAUGAGAGAUUUUAUUCUCCUAACAUAAUGGCUUUAGCUAGUAGCCAAGUGGGAGAGGAUUCACUCUCGCAUCAACCUGAUCCUGCAAUUGGAGUCCAUCUUAUGGAUAGAUACACAUUUUAUGUCUUAGAAUUUUUGGAGGAAAUUAAUCCAGCCAGUCAAACUAAUAUGAAUGACCUUUUUCAGGUGUGCCCCAAAAGUCUAUGUGUGUCUACCCCUGGACAUCGCACUGAUCUUUUUCAGAGGGAUCCUAAACAUGUCCUGAUAACUGAUUUCUUUGGAAGUGUACGGAAAGUGGAAAUUACAACAGAGACUAUUAGUUUGCAGCCAGAUUCAGGAAUCAUGAAAAGCAGCCAUGAGAAAGCUGGAAUGGAUGAGGAACUAAUGGAACCUCUGAAAUAUGCUGAACAACUUCCUGUAGCUCAGAUAAUACACCAGAAACCAAAGCUGAAAGAUUGGCAUCCUCCUGGAGGAUUUAUUCUAGGAUUGUGGGCACUCAUUAUCAUGGUUUUCUUCAAAACAUAUGGAAUCAAGCACAUGAAAUUCAUUUUCUAGAUGCAAUGAUGUAUGAAGAAGACUGCAUGGAAGACUACAACCUUGGAUAAAAGUUGAUGUCAGUAUAUUUGACAAAAUACAUUGCUCUUGUGUGACUUUGUGAAAAAUACAAGGGAACUAAAUUUGAAUGAACCAUUGAUUUUAUAACUUAAAGAUAAUUGUUAGUGAGAGUGUUAAAUGCUAAAUAUGUAUCAGUUUUUCAUUUUGUGUGUUAUUAAAGUAUUUGGCCAAAAAAUUGGAGCCUACUCAUUGACUUUUUUUUGAAAGUGUGGAUUUUUCCUCAUUUUAUCCCCUUUUCAUUUGGAAAAAAAGAAGACAUUAAAUUCUCACUGUCACAGGAACUCAUUAGUAUUUUUGUGUUUGUUCUCCCAGUCUACCAUAGCUUUUUUUUUCCAAAAUAGAAAUCAUAUAGAACUACUGGUUUGCAACCUCACUAGUCAUUUUGCAACAUGUUAGCAACCCUCUCCUGCUCCUUGGAUAUUCUUCAAAAACAAAUUGUGAAUGGCUGCAUACCAUCUAUUUUAUGAAUGUACAGUAAUUUAUUUAAUACUCUUCUCUAAUUAGACCACUUAUUUUGUUCCCCAAAUUUUCUUUUGGUUCAUUUUUUUAAUAUGUUAAUAUUUUACUAUGAGCUGUCUUUAGAAUUCUGUAACUAAAAUUGUAAGUAAAUAUGAAAAAUUAGUUUCUUAGUCCACUGUACUACAGACUCCAGGACCUGAUUUACUGUCCAGGAGACUGUAGUACAGUUUGUCUGGAAAUUUUAAGAUCUUUGGGAAUUUCACAUAUUGACAGCUCAAGAGAAACUAGCCCACCCUUUUUCAUUUCUAAGUGUUUUGGGAUCCGCUAGAAUUGAUCACCUCCUCUUCAGUUUCCACACUGAAAGAGAUGUUUCAUUCUGUUUAAGAAUCUACACUUUUCCUAGGACAGUCCCAUAAAGUGGGUGGACUGUAUGAAAAUCCAUGCUUGUGACCCUUCUUCAUGUCUGACUGAUGUGUCACAGAAGGCAGGAAGCCUCUUGUCUGGUCUCUGACAAGAUGCAAGAGCCUGUAUCCCAAUCACGGAUUUCUUCAUCUUGCCAGCUGUCCUUGUAUCUGUCUCAGAACUGGAAAUGGUAUUGAGACUGUGCUUUGCCGUCAGCCCCAGAUACUGUUUUUUUCAUAUAUAAGGGGGAAAACAAAACCUUAAAAGGUGAGUGUUCAUGUCUCUUGGGGUACUUUCCGUGUUUUAUCUGUUUUAUCCAGGAACUUAUGUGUUAAUCUUUAUUCGUUAUACAAUCUGUUUUGUAAUUAUAGGUAACAUACAGAAGAGAACUCUUCCUUCACAAUAAAACCUCCUAAAAUUAA